CAAUACAUGUUUUGUCUCAGAGACAUGAUUGCUAAUAUAACUUAAAGGAGAAAUUGAUGAACGACAGAAUGGCCUUAGGGAACACAGCAAUAGGUAUAUUGCUCUCACUUCAGAGUGCAUUAGGAAUUCUGGGAAACUUCUCUCUUAUUUUCUACUAUCUUUUACUUUACUGCACUGAGCAUACAAUGAAGAUAGUAGAUGUUAUUCUUAUGCAUGUCUUCACAACCAAUUCCUUGAUCAUUCUCUCUAAAGGGCUCCCCGAGAUAAUGGAGUCUUUUGGAUUGAUUCCAUUCUUCAGUGAUGUUGCGUGCAAAUUUUUCUUAUAUUUUUACAGACUUGGAAAGAGUAUGUCCAUCAGCCUCACUGCUCUCUUGAGUGUCUUUCAGGCAAUCACCAUCAGCCCCAGGAACUUGUGCUGUAUGGAAUUUAAAGUCAAAACUACUGCAAAGUUCAUGAGCCUCCUCAUUUGUCUCUGCUGGAUCCUGCAUGUGGUAGUAAAUAUGAUUUUCCCUGUGUAUACUUCUACUAAGAGAAAUAGACACACAAAUAAGACACAAAUGAGAGAUUUUGAAUUCUGCCACUCUCAAGGCCGUGAUAAAAUAGUAGAUUCAUUGUAUACAGCAUUUUGUGUGUUUCCUGAAGUCCUAUUUUCUCUGCUCAUUGUAUGUUCCAGCACCUUCAUGAUUGUCACACUUUAUGGACACAAAAAGAGAGUUCACCAAAUCCUCAGCACUUGUGCUUCCCAGAGAAUUUCCCCAGAAAACAGAGCCACACAGACCAUCCUCAUUCUGGUUUGCACCUUUGUAGCUUUUCAUACCAUCUCUUCUAUCUUAAACGGUUAUACUGCUCUAUACCAUGAUUCCAGUGGGUGGGUGAUGAAUAUCUCAUCCAUCAUUUAUAUGUGUUUUCCUACUUUAAGCCCAUUUGUGAUGAGUCACGAUUUCACUGUUUCCAGAUUCUGCUUUACAAGGAUAAGAAAUAGAAAAAUCACAUAA